AAACCCCUGUUCGAUCGGUUACCAUUUUGAGAGUUCUGCGUACAGUACUGCAAUGACUGUUCCGCGUACAGUACUGGUGUUUGCUGUAUUCCUGGCGUAUGCAGCAGGAAGGCUUUACACAAAGACUGGGAAAAUAUCUAAGUCUACAUGGGAGAGUUGUAUUCAGAAGCAGAUAAUCGAGACUGAAACCAUACAAUGUGCGGUAGUUUGUAUCCUGAUGGGAAACCUUUGUAAUUCUUUCCAUCUAGACAAGGAAAACAACAUCUGUACUGCAGCUCAUUUGGACAAGCUCGAAUAUGUCUUGGAAGAAGAAGAAGAAGUUUUUGCUUACGUUGAAACUGAAGUCUUGAAGGGACUGAUGCUGAUUCAAGCGUUGGUAAAGCAACAGUUCGAUAGAAAACAAGAGAAGAAAUGA